GACCUUUAACAUGUGUGAAUUACUUCCUGAAUUUAUUUAUAUAUAUAUCUACAUACAAAGUAAUACACUAUAGUAGUGUACUUAUAUAGAUGUCGUUAUACCCUAUUGGGCGCCUCAACAUAUUUAAGUUCCUGUUUAGUCAAAUGGAGUUUAACAAGAAAUAGACAAAAACUGCAGCAAAAUAAUACGAAAUGAGUGGUUUAUGGAAUAAAUUGCAAUCUUUAUUCGGAGGAGGUAGAAAUUCACACAGUACAUCUCAUAAGAAUAGUAAAAAGAAAAAGUCCGAGGAUUCCACGGAAAACGGUGGUCAGGAACAGUACAAAGUUCAGAAAGUAACACGAACGUAUGAGGAAGUAGAAUUACCAGAAGAUAAAGAAGAAAAGGGAACCGUAGAUUACACAGUUCACAAAGCAGUGAGAUCGUACGACGAUAUAGUAUUGCCAGAGGACCGAGAAGAAAAGGGUACAGUAGAUUACACGGUUGAGAAAAAACCUCGUACAUAUGAAGAGGUUGUGCUACCAGAAGACAACAGGUUGUCGCAGCAAAAGCAACCAGUCCUGAACUAUGUGGAAGUCGAAUUCACCAAACCACCUUCCAAAAAACAAUCAAUCAACAGAAAAGACAGUAAAACUGAAUACGCUGACGUCACUGUUAAAAAUAAGACUGUUAUUGUUAAAUAAAUGUGUAAAUUAUAUGUAACUUAAAAUGUGUAAACAGAACAAAUAAUGGGCGAUGAUUUAGAAAAA